AUGCUCGCCGCGGCCGAGGCCGCGGCGCUCGCGGCGACGCGCGCGGUCCCGGACGUCGCCGCGCGCGCGCGACCGGCGCGAACGCCGCGCGCGACGUCGAAAGCGAUUUCUGGAUUUGAACUCGGCGCGAAGGCGAUUCGUUUGGAGGGCGACGACGCGGUGAACGCGACGAUCGUCGGCGCGCGGGCGCGAGACGACGGCCGAGGCGAGUACUUGGUCAGGUACGGCGGGUACCACCACCCGAGACGGGACGACGAGUGGGUCGACGCGGCGGCGCUGCGACCGCUCGACGCGACGGAAGCGCGGGAGAAACGGAAACGCGCGCGAGCGAACGGGGCGGUCGAGCAGGCGCGAGGGGGGAAGCGGAGGAAGGCGCCGGCGGCGACGCCGAACGAGACGGAGGCGGAGGCGAGGGAACGGCGGCGGUUGUGGAAGAAUGAACAGAGUCACGUCUCGAAGCGAAGGAUGCGGGAAAGGCGUUUGGCCGAGACGGCGAAGGCGAGCAUCGCGCCGAAGCACCGGAAGGAAGGGCGAGUGGGAGGGGCGAAGACGACGGCGGCGACGGCGGCGCGCGCGAGCUCGAACGCGGCGCCGAGAGGCGCGAGCGCGAGACGCGGCGACGCCGCGCGCGCGGUCGCGAAGCGCGCGGUCGGGAAGAGCGCGGAGGCGCGCGGUGCGGCGAAGGCGCAGCCCUCGGCGGCGGAUCCGGAGCUCACGGAGGAAGAGCGCGUCGCGAGGACGAUUCGCGUCAACGUGCCGACGGCGCUGCGCAAGGCGCUCCUUCGCGACUACGAAGACUCGCGCGGCGUCGAUCCGCGCGCGUACGUCGCCCCUCGAGUCAACGUCGCGAACAUUCUGGACCGAUUCGUCGCCGAUCGCGCCGAUCCGGCGAGGACGAAGACCUCCACGCAGCGAGUCACCGCCGCGCGCACGCGCGCCAUCGUUCGAGGCUUUGAAGAGUCCUUCAACGCCGCGCUCGACGCGUCCUUGCUGUACAAGGACGAAUGGCACAACCCCGUCUACGCGCGUCCGAGCGAGGCGUACGGCGCGACGCACCUCCUGCGCAUGCUCAAUCGACUGUCCACGAUGUUCCCACCGGAAUCAUUCGCCGACGCCGACGCCGCCGUCGCCGUCGAGGCGCGCGCCAACGACCUCCUUCGAUUCGUCGCGCAACGCGCCGAAGAAUUCGGCGUCGUCGCUCCCGACGCCCCGCCCGCCCCGGGCACGCCCGAUAACGUCGACGCUUAA